GAGACAAAGAAACUAACAGCCAGCACCGAAUGAAAGGAAAGAGGAGUCAAAAAAAGAGAGAAAGAGAAGAAGCAAAUAAUAAUAAAAAAGAACCGAAAGCAAAACAGGGAAAAGAACGGACAGCCCGAUUUGGCAAACUGACACUGGAUGGAUACUACUUACUACUCCGUGCUCUUACUUACCACCGACACCACCAAAUCUCCAUCCACCAGCACCAUCCGCACCAUCCGUUACCCCUGCUGCUUUCCCCAACCACACUUCCAAGGGGCCCUUUCCACAGGGUCUGGUCAGGUUCCAUUAUUCCUUACCUCCCCAAAGUCUGAUCCGUGUCCCCAUUCCCAGGCUGGAGACCGGAUCGAUCUACUCUGUGGCGAUCGCAUUCCGAUCCCUGCUCCACCUUCCACCGCCAUCACGUUACAAUCGUCCGUCUCCGGAUGGGGCAGCCUGACUUCCGUGCUCAUUCUCAAUGAGACAUACCACUCUGGCCAGUUCCCUGUUCGGUCCUGGUUUGGUAGCGACCUGAAACCUCUCGUGAUUCGAAACAGUUGUGCUCCCCCAGUACAAACUCUUUCCUCUCACUCAUCCAGUCUCGGAGCGGGCAGAAAGACAUGGUCUCAGACCUAUUGACACAUCGCCUAGAGACCAGUCGAAUAAUCGGAUAGCAGGCUCAUUGGAGAUAAGAGAAGCAGGCCGCCAUUUGACAGUGCCGUUCAACAAGUUUCCCCCCAGCCUGUCCUU